AUGGCGAGUGCUGACCUAGCUCAACCUCACAGCAAGAUGCAUGACGAGGACCAUGACCACAUCGGCUCCGGCGCCUCGACGCCGCCCAACGGCGGGACAGCGACACCCCGGCCAGACCUUCAUGCCGACAAGAGACUACCCAGUCUGGUGAACAGUUAUUUCGCUCAAGUAUGUGACUCCUUGCGCUCGCGAAGCAAAAGCACCGCAAAUUCUGCAAACCCCGCACCUACGCCUUCAUCGUCAGAGAAAGAGCAGCCCCAGGACGACUCGUCCAGCAACCCGCCGCCGCAGCAGCAGCAACAGGAAAGUCCCGCCGUGGCUGCUCUUUCCCAAGCCCUCGCCGGUGGCCCAGCUCAGAUGCCCACUGCGCCCAGCUCACCCCGUAGCGGCGCGUCCAGUGCGCAGGUCGAGUCGCCACCGCUGCUGCCACACGAGAAGAAGCACCCCGAACCUCUGCCACAGCAACAGGCUUCAUACCCCACGCCACCGCUCUCCAACUCCUCUUCCUUUCUCGCGAUGAAGGACAGUGAGGCCGGCGCCAGUGGCACGUCCGCAGCAGCGCCCUCCUCCCCUCGCAAGCGCUCUUGGGAGCAGCGAAAGGAGCAGAGCCAGCCCAGCGUUCCACAGCCGCUACGCCGAAACACCUUGUCCACCGCGCUCUCCAAUCUCGUCGUCACGAAACCCGCGGUCGCUGCACACAUCUCCAACCCUUCUGCUUCAGACCCUUCCCAGACUGCCCCAGCCAGUCCUUCUGUUGCGCGUUCACACUCUCCUUCACCGCAGGAAAAGGAAAGCCAGGUGCUGACCCAGGGCGAUUCUCAGAACCACACUCCUCCCCAAACUCCCCGCACCGGCUCGCACGCGAGCCGAAGAGACGACGAUGUCGCCAUAGCCCCACACCCAGCGAAGUCGAGUCGAUCGAGCUCAGGUGGCUCAACUGGUGCGACGAUCGGGCAGGUGAGGGGACAGUUGGAGAUUAGUGUUGAAGAGGCGAGAGGAAUCAGGCCUUCGGUUGAUCCAUACGUGGUUUGCAUCUUCCAGCUGAAUGAAGACAUUUCAGGCGGGCCAAAGGAAGAUGAAAUGGACACUGCGGUAGAGAACGGCCCGGCAGACGACAAUCUGGCCAAGGGCGUGGCGAUGAAGCGGAUAGGAAGCGGAUCAGGCACACCCAUGGCGAUUCCAGGCUUGAGAAGUCGACAGACCAGCCAGACCAACAUUGCAGAUCUGCGGCGAGGUUCGCACAAAGGCCAUCAAGAGACGACAGAUCCCAUUUGGCGACACAAAACCAUAUUCGAUGUGGUGGGUUCGAACAAUCAGCUGGACAUUUCCGUCUACGAUCGUGCAAACAACGAAUCUUUCAUCGGCCACGUUCGUUUGCCCAUCGAUCUCGGCGACUACGAGCACCAGCAUGAGGAUUGGUACAAGCUGAAGCCAAGAGAGGGACAGUCAGAAACUGUGACUGGAGAGAUACAUCUCAGCAUUGCAUACCACGCCGCGGGCAAGAAGACAUUCGGGCCCGAUGACUUCGAGAUCUUGAAGUUGAUCGGCAAGGGCACAUUUGGACAAGUCUUCCAGGUGCGGAAGAGGGACACAAAGCGGAUAUACGCCAUGAAGGUGCUGUCGAAGAAGGUCAUCGUGCAGAAGAAGGAGAUUCAACACACCAUUGGCGAACGUAACAUCCUUGUGCGGACGGCAACCACCGAAUCGCCAUUCAUCGUGGGAUUGAAGUUCUCAUUCCAAACUGCGGCGGAUCUUUAUCUCGUCACUGACUACAUGUCUGGAGGUGAGCUUUUCUGGCAUCUCCAGAAGGAGGGCCGAUUUGUCGAAGAGCGGGCCAAGUUUUAUAUUGCAGAACUCAUCCUUGCGCUACGACAUCUCCACCAGCACGACAUCGUAUAUCGAGAUUUGAAGCCAGAGAACAUCCUCCUUGAUGCAAAUGGCCACAUCGCUCUCUGCGAUUUUGGACUUUCCAAAGCAAACCUUUCAAAGAAUGACACUACGAAUACCUUCUGCGGCACCACUGAAUACCUGGCACCAGAAGUGCUCCUCGACGAGCAAGGAUACACCAAGAUGGUCGACUUCUGGUCUCUGGGCGUACUCGUCUUUGAGAUGUGCUGUGGCUGGUCACCUUUCUAUGCCGAGGAUACGCAGCAGAUGUACAAGAACAUUGCCUUUGGCAAGGUGCGCUUCCCGCGAGACGCUCUGUCAGCAGAAGGACGUAGCUUCGUCAAGGGCUUGCUCAACCGCAAUCCAGCUCACCGAUUGGGAGCAAAGGGUGAUGCUGAGGAGUUGAUGGCCCAUCCAUUCUUCAACGACGUCGACUGGAACGCCCUCAGCAAGAAGGAGACCGCACCACCAUUCAAGCCAAAAUUGAAGGGCGAGCUGGAUACCAGCAACUUCGAUCCCGAAUUCACCAACGCUCUCAAUGCUGGGGCGGAUUCGUCAUCACUAAACGCCAGAGCAGCUGCCCUUGCAAGCGGCAUUAACACGGAUAGCACACCAUUGAGCCCUACCAUGCAGAACCAAUUCAAGGGCUUUACCUUUGUGGAUGAGAGCACCCUUGAGCAACAGUAUGCGGACAGGGAUGUUGGAGGCUUGGAUAGCCCUGAUGGUGGUGCUGCUUCGAGAACUUUCAGCAACCGGGCCGGUGAUAGGAUGAGCGGCCUUGAGCCGACAAGUGCUACAAGUGCCGAUGCCGAUUUCAACCACGGCAUGCUCGACGAUAUUUGA